UUCAUGGCAUCAACCAUGGCAGAGGCAGAGACCCGUCAGAGGCUGCUGCGCACCGUCAAGAAGGAGGUGAAGCAGAUUAUGGAGGAAGCCGUCACCAGGAAAUUUGUUCACGAGGACAGCAGCCAUAUCGUGUCUUUUUGUGCUCACACUGGGGGGGAUAAAAGCAAAAGCAGGACGAGAGGAAGAGGAAACAAAGAGUCAGAGAAGCAGAUGAGGAAAUAUUUUAAUUUAAAAUAAAAAAACAAGUGACAGUUGAUGACACUUUUGUCGAUGAGGUAGAAGUAAAACCCUGUUAACCGUGAUCUCAGUCGCAGCAGUGACAGACUUGCAGAGGAUGGAGGCAGGAGAGAAGCUGUGUUUGAACGAGUGAGGAUGAUGGAAAGAGGGAUGCUGAUGAGUCGCCGCCCGCCCCUCCCUGCGCUCGUCUCUCUGAGAGCUCGAUCGCUCCAUUGACAGGGGUUGCCAUGCCGCAGUGGAGGCAUGCGUUCUGCACGGGCUCAAACGGCGGGCGGCGGGCUUUCUGCGCAGCAACAAGGUGGCGGCACUCUUCAUGAAGGUGGGGAAGAGCUUCGCCCCGGCUGAGGAGCUGUGUAGGAAGGCCCAGGAGCUCGAGCAGAUCAUUGAGACAAAAAGAAGUCAAAGCUUGCAAAGUCAAGACAGUCUUCGCAAGAUGCCCCGACUGCCCAGCCUCACCCCACAGGGAGUUAAGAACCUGUGGAUCCGGACGGCUCUGUUUGAAAAGGUGCUGGACAAGAUUGUUCUCUACCUGGUGGAGAACAGCAGUAAAUAUUACGAGAAGGAAGCUGUUCUGAUGGACCCCGUGGACGGACCUAUCCUCGCCUCUUUGUUAGUGGGACCUUGUGCCUUGGAGUACACAAAGAUGAAGACAGCCGACCACUUCUGGACGGACCCGUCUGCUGACGAGCUGGUGCAAAGACAUCGCAUCCAUGGUGGCCACUGCAGGCAGGAUUCUCCCACUAAAAGGCCUGCACUGUGUAUCCAGAAGCGGCACUCCAGCAGCAGCAUGGACGAACGCCCCUCCCCCUCCUUAUCAGCUCGUGAAUACGUGGAGUCCCUGCAUCAAAACAGCAGGGUGACGCUACUGUUUGGCAAGAACAAUGUGCUCGUACAACCGAGAGAUGACAUGGAGGCUGUCCCAGGUUACCUCUCUCUGCACCAGAAUGCUGAUAUCAUGACCCUGAAGUGGACACCCAAUCAGCUCAUGAACGGCUCUGUUGGAGACUUGGACUACGAACGCAGUGUUUACUGGGACUAUGCCAUGACAAUCCCUCUGGAGGAAAUAGUUUACCUUCACUGUCAUCAACAAGUUGACAGUGGGGGGACAGUGGUGCUGGUCAGUCAGGAUGGUAUCCAGAGGCCUCCACUUCGUUUCCCCAAAGGAGGCCACUUGCUCCAGUUCCUCUCCUGCCUGGAAAAUGGUCUGCUUCCCCAUGGCCAGCUGGACCCUCCUCUUUGGUCCCAGCGGGGAAAGGGAAAGGUGUUUCCCAAGCUGCGGAAGAGGGUUCCUCAGGGAUCUGGAUCCACAGACUCGGUCUCGGAUAAGGAGGAAGACGAGGCCACAGACUAUGUCUUCCGCAUCCUCUUUCCAAACAGCCAGUCAGAGUUUGUGACUCCUCCAGACUUGAUGGAUCAGGCGGUGACGAUGUGGCAGCCCACUCUCAGGAAGUCCUCGUGUUCUUCUUGUUCUCAGGGGAGCUUCUCAGAUGGGACGACACCCAAGGGUUGCAACCAUGAGAGAGCUCCUCUGAAGCUGCUGUGCGACACCAUGAAGUAUCAGAUCAUCUCUCGGGCAUUUUAUGGCUGGUUGGCCUACUGCCGUCACCUGUCCACUGUGCGUACACACCUCUCUGCUCUCGUCAAUCACACCAUAGUGGCGCCCGACGUGCCAUGUGAUGCCUACAAGGGGCUCACUGCAGACGUGUGGCAGACGUUCCUGCAGGACUGCACAGCGUAUGAGGAGAAGGAGCUCCUUCGUCUGGUCUACUUUGGCGGUGUGGACCCCUCACUGCGUAAAGAGGUGUGGCCUUUCCUGUUGGGUCAUUAUCGGUUUGGGAUGUCAGAAGCCGAGAGGAAGGAGGUGGAUGAACAGGUUCGAGUGUGCUACCAGCAGACCAUGCGCGAGUGGCUCGGCUGUGAGGAGAUUGUCCGCCGGCGCGAGAAGGAGCAGCAUGCCGCAGCAUUAGCAAAGUGCUCCUCUGGAGCGAGCAUGGACAGUUCCAGUCAGAAAAUCACCCACCACGACUCGACCAUCAGCAACGAGUCCCAGUCCUCCCAGAGCUCAGACAGGCAGAGUCUGGCUCGUCUGCAGAGCGACUCCAGCAGCAGCACACAGUUCUUCACAUCCUCCCAUCCCUUCCCCUGGAGUAGUCUGCUUCCCUUUGGCUUGUUCUUUCAGGUGUUUGAGUCCGUAGAGGAGGCAGACCAGAUCGAGACGGAGCCCAAGAACGAAGAGGCCAAGCAGGUGCCAAAGAUGCCCAACGGAGCUCUUCAGAACGGGACAAGCUCUCCUGACUCUGGACAUCCCUCCUCCCGCAACUUCUCUGUCACCUCCGGCCUGUCAGACGGCUCACUCAGCACAGAGGACAGCGCCGCACCUGAUACAAGAUCUGCAGCUGUCCCUCAGGUGCCACAGAGUCCCGUCAAAACUGCAGGAGUUGUGAAAGACUGUGAAAGUGUGACAGACGACAGCCAGGUGAAAGGUAAAGUGAAGAACAAAGAGGAGGAGGAGGAGGAGGAGGAGAAAGCACUUGACGUAACCAAGGCUGCAAAAAAUACCAAGACUGAGGUGACAGGAGAAAAUAUGAUUCAUCCACUUGAAGAGGUGAUGGUGAAGGAACCCAAAACGUCUGAGGGGUGUGGAGCAGUGCAAAUGGAGGAAAAGGAUGAAUCGAAGACAGAUAAACCACAAGAGGUUUCGUUGGCAGAAGGAAAAGAAGGCAUAUCCUUAGAUCCCAUGGCUCCUGAAGUUGAAAAGAACCUCAUUUUCUCCACAGACGCCAGGGUCUCGAGAGCAAGAGAAGCCUACUUUACCUCGCAGAGAGACGAGGCUCAGGCCCAGACUGAAUCUGAUGAGUCUCCCUCAGCCAUAGAGAUGGAGGAGAUCCCGAAAGCCAAAGUUUCCAUGGUGCCUUGGAGCAGGAAGGGACAUUGUGAAGCAUCGUCUCUCUCUGAUGACUCUGUCCCUCAUGUGGAGCUCAGGCAGGAGGAGGAGCAGGGAAAGCCCAGUCCAGAAGGCACCGAGUCCAUCCUGUCUGAGGAGCCGGAGAUGGAGAGCCUUUACCCUAACUUUGAAGGUUCUGAAAGCACCAAGAGUGAAGCGACCUCUCAAGAGACUUCUGGGAGCACCUUCUCUCAAGAGCUUUUGGACCUGUAUACAUUAAAUCUGCACCGCAUUGAAAAGGACGUCCAGCGCUGUGACAGAAACUAUUGGUACUUCACUCCUGCCAAUCUGGAGAAACUACGCAACGUCAUGUGCAGUUAUAUCUGGAGGCACCUUGACAUCGGUUACGUACAGGGCAUGUGUGAUCUGCUGGCUCCGCUUCUAGUCAUUCUGGAUGACGAGGCCGUGGCCUUCAGCUGUUUCACCGAACUCAUGAAAAGGAUGAAUCAAAACUUUCCACAUGGAGGAGCUAUGGACACUCACUUUGCCAACAUGCGCUCUCUAAUCCAGAUCCUGGAUUCUGAGCUAUUUGAGCUAAUGCACCAGAAUGGAGACUACACCCACUUCUACUUCUGCUAUCGCUGGUUUCUCCUAGACUUCAAGAGGGAGCUCGUGUAUGAUGAUGUUUUUGCAGUCUGGGAAACCAUCUGGGCAGCCAAGUGUGUCUCAUCUAGUCACUUUGUCCUCUUCAUUGCCCUGGCACUGGUGGAGAUCUACAGGGACAUCAUCCUGGAGAACAACAUGGACUUUACUGACAUCAUUAAGUUCUUCAAUGAAAUGGCUGAGCACCACAACAUAAAGCAGAUUUUGACCCAGGCCAGAGAUCUGGUGUACAAGGUGCAGAUGCUGAUAGAGAACAAGUGAUUGUGCUGUUUGUCCUCUUUUCCUUCCAAGUAAAGUGUCAGCGGCUGUAGCAGCACAAGAGUCAAAUGCAUAUGAGGACACACACACACUCGCACACAUAAGACACACACACGCUACACAAAGCCUUUACAAUCACAGUUUGCUGCUAUGAGCCUUCUCGACUGUACCCACGAUGUUGUUUGUGUUGUCAGCAGGUGUGUGAGAAUAUUAUGCUUCAUAUUUGUCAGUAUGUUCAAGUGAAAACAAAUGUAUCUGAAAAACAAUCUCUGUGAUUUCUCAAUAUUCUUUGCCAGAAAACACUGUGUCGCAAGUGUGAAUCUUAUUCCGGGUGCACUUAAUAUUUUGAGAUCAGGACGGUUUUAGUUGCACGGUUUAAACCAAAAUGCAGAAUUGAAUUCAACCAGAGACUAUAUUUAUGAGGGGAAAAAAAAGUUCAUAAUAAUUAUUUUAAUAGUCAAAGUAUAUAAGAUUACAUUUCAAAUAUAUCAGAAAGCUACCCCUUAUUCUUAUCCCUUGAUGCAAGUCAGCAGAUUUUUCGUUCUCUUGCAACACCUCAAAAUCUGCUGAUUCAGAACACUGCUUUGUCAGUCCAAAAUGCAGCCCAAACUGAGUUAUGUUUAACACACAUUAAGAAUAAUUUAGCUUUUAGUACCAUGUCAGUGGUUUAGUAUCCAACAGUAUUUUCUAAUGUCCUUGAACUGCCUUGUCUGCCAAAUAUUAUGUCUUUAUUUGUUAUGCGUGAAAUGUACUGUAAGGAGAGAAAAAUGUCCUUACCUUAUGAGGAUUAUUUUAUGUUAACAAUUGUCAAAUCACAAGCUUAUAUUGAAGUGACUUAUGGAUGUCUGGGCAGAGACUUACAUAAAGCAACAAGCCUGAUUUGAUAGUCCUCUUUCAUUAUCCAGUGAACUACUGUAUAUUUUGUAAAUUGUGGAGUUUAUUCACCCUGAUUUUUGUCUCGUAUCGUCCGCCUGUUUGUUGCAUCAAAUGUUAAUUUUCUGCUUGAGUAUGGUUAUGGAUGGGGAGGACCGGAUGAGGUCGUGACCAAAGGAUGAGUUCCAUGUUAUUCAGAUUUUUUAGUGUGAGAAGUGACUGAAAUACAAAGAUGAAAAUGAAAGCUAUGAAAUUUUCUAAAUGAACUGCAAAUGACCUGAUGUUAUGAGUGAAACUGUUUCAGUGUUUUGUCAUAUUUGGGGCUUGUGAGGAUAUACGAUAUAUAUACUUUUAAGCCCUUAAAUUAGUACUAAUGUUGGUCUCAGUCACUGACAUUUAUGCUUGUCAUUUAUUACCCAAAACUCACUUGGUCUUCAUGAAUGUAGUAAGAUGAAUUGCUUUUAAUAUUGGUGUUUUUUUUUGUGGAUGCUAGCUGCUGUCAGAAAGCCAAUUUUAAUUUAUUGUAACAUUUAUUUUCCAAAGUAUUUAUUUAUAUAUUUAUCCAUUCAUUUUUCUCGUUCAGAUGCUGCUUUGUUUGUAAAGCUAAUAUUUUUAUUUUGUGGCCAGUUCUAAGUGUGUAUUGUAAAACAAUCAAAUUCUAUACUAAGAGUUCAUAUAUAUAUAUAUAUAUAUAUAUAUAUAUAUUAAAUGGUAUAUGUUCUUAUAAUAAAAAAUAAAAAUGGAAUCAA